ACAGAUGGCAAACUGUGCGAUUUUGUAGAUCUUUGGAAUGUUUUGUUAGUCAGCAUAUGGAGGAGGCAAGACGAAGCAAAGUACAUACUGCAGAAAUGGAUCUGUACUAAAGCGACAUUCCUUUUAAUGCUAUUAAUGGUAGAGAUAGUAUGAAACGUGGAAUGGAGCAUGAAGAAGAGAAACUCAUGAGAUGUGAUACUUGUGAUUUUGCAUGUAAUAAAAUUAAUAGUCUUAAUAGACAUAUGAGGAUACAUACUGGAGAAAAACGCUUUAAAUGUACUGUUUGUGAUUUUGCAUGCUAUGACAGAAGUCGUCUGGAGACACAUAACAUGAUACAUACUGGAGAGAAACCUUUUAAAUGUAAAGUUUGUGAUUAUACAUGUAUUGAAAGCGGUAGUCUGAAGAGACAUAGAAGGAUACAUACUGGAGAGAAACCUUUUAAAUGUAAAGUUUGUGAUUAUAAAUGUAUUAGAAUCGGUAGUCUGAAGACACAUAUGAGGAAACAUACUGGAGAGAAACCUACGAGGAUACGUACUAGAGAAAAACCCUUUAAAUGUACUGCUUGUGAUUAUGCAUGCUGUGACAGAAGUUGUCUUGAAACACAUAGCAUGAUACAUACUGGAGAGAAACCUUUUACAUGUAAAGUUUGUGAAUAUACAUGUAUUAGAAUCGAUACUAUGAAAACACAUAUGAUGAAACAUACUGGAGAGAAACCUACGAGGAUACGUACUAGAGAAAAAUCCUUUAAAUGUACUGCUUGUGAUUAUGCAUGCUGUGACAGAAGUUGUCUCGAAACACAUAGCAUGAUACAUACUGGAGAGAAACCUUUUACAUGUAAAGUUUGUGAAUAUACAUGUAUUAGAAUCGAUACUAUGAAAACACAUAUGAUGAAACAUACUGGAGAGAAACCUUUUAAAUGUAAUGUUUGUGAUUUUUCAUGUAUUGAAAGCAGUAUUCUAAAGAGACAUAUGAGGAUACAUAGUGGAGAGAACCCCUUUAAAUGUAAUGUUUGUUAUUUUGCUUGUAAUCGAAGUCACAAUCUUAGGAGACAUCUGACGAUACAUACUGGAGAAAAACCUUCUACUGUAUAUAAAUGUAAUUCUUGUGAUUAUGCAUGCUGUGUAAGCAGUCGUCUGAAGAAACAUAUGAAGAUACAUACCGGAGAGAAACCCUUUAAAUGUAAUACAUGUGAUUAUGUAUGUAAUGAAAGCAGUCGUUUGAAAACACAUAUGAGGGUACAUACUGGAGAGAAACCCUUUAAAUGUAAUACAUGUGAUUAUGCAUGCAAUGAAAGCAGUCGUCUGAAGAAACAUUUGGGGAAACAUACUGGAGAGAAACCCUUUAAAUGUAAUACAUGUGAUUAUGCAUGCAAUGAAAGCGGUCAUAUGAAGACACAUAUGAGAAUACAUACUGGAGAGAAACCUUUUAAGUGUAAUACUUGCAAUUACGCAUGCUGUGUAAGCAGUGAUUUGAAGAUACAUAUGAGGAUACAUACUGGAGAGAAACCCUUUAAAUGUAAUACUUGUUAUUAUGCAUGCUAUGCAAGCAGUCGUCUGAAGAAACAUAUGAUGAUACAUACUGGAGAGAAACCCUUUAAAUGUAAUACUUGUAAUUUUUCAUGUAAUACAAGCAGUAGUCUGAAGAAACAUAUGAGGAUACACACUGGAGAGAAACCCUUUAAAUGUAAUACUUGUAAUUUUUCAUGUAAUACAAGCAGUAGUCUGAAGAAACAUAUGAGGAUACACAGUGAAUAGAACUUUAGAUGUAAUAAUUGCAAUUUUACCUGAAAUUCCAGUUAUAAUCUUAGGAGACAUAAUAUGAGAAUACAUACUGGAGAGAAACCCUUAAAGCAGCAUGCCUCCAGAUCAUUCUACAACAACAACAAAAAAAUAUCCAUAGAGAUUUUCAAAUAAAUGCUGUAUUUCUUAAGAAGGCUUUAAAACUUAAUUACUGACAAACUUUAUGUUACAGAAACUCAUGAGAAUUUGCUGUUUUGAGCUCACCUGUCACAUAGUGAACCUAAAGCUACUGGUCCGUUUUCAAAAUAAUUUUAAACAAAUGAUCCUCUACCAAAUUCCUUGAGAUAAUUUUGAUUCCUCAAAAAACAUGGCGACCUGCAGGAGAUGCUUGUUAUCCCUACAUGGCCAUAUAGAAAACUUUAAAUAAAAUUACUCUCAAAUCAGGCCUGUAGUUUCUUACAAGAAGAUUACUCUCAAAUCAGGCCAGUAGUUUUUUACAAGAUGAUUUAAUUUUAAAGUUAAUUUAGAAAAUUUCAACUAUAUUUUCCCAUAAUUCUUUUGAUUGAUCUUUAUUAUGAUCUAUGACCUUGAAGACGUCCUGAAGUGCAAUGAUAACAGGUGAGCGAUAUAGGGCCAUCAUGGCUCUCUUGUUACGACUUUUUACGAUGAAAAUUGAAAAGCGUUGUCAAGCUUUUACUCCAGGUAAACUGUCUCUAUUAUAAAUAUCUAUAUUUUGAAGUCAUUAUUCACUACUUCAGCUGUAGCGCUAUUGGUUACGACGACCAGAAAAUAUCUUUAUUGCCGCGGCAGUUCGGGGUUCGAUUCCUGACGCGGUCAUCUUUUUUUCUUGAUUUUUCAUUUUCAUAAUAUGGCCAAAAAAAGAUUAUUUUUAGCCAAAUCUGGAGGCAUGCUAGCUGCUUUAAACUGUAUGUAAUACUUGUGAUUAUGCAUGCAAUGAAAGCAGUCAUCUGAAGACACAUAUGAGGCUACAUACUGGAGAGAAACCGUUUAAAUGUAAUAAUUGUGAUUAUGCAUGCUGUGUAAGCAGUGAUCUGAAGGUACAUAUGAGGAUAUACACUGCAAAGAAACCCUUUAAAUGUAAUGUUUGUGAUUAUGCAUACUAUGCAAGUCAUCUGAAGACACAUUUGAGGAUACAUACUGGAGAGAACCCUUUUAAAUGUAAUAUUUGUGAUUAUGCAUGUUAUGAUAGCGGUUAUUUGAAGAAACAUAUGAGAAUAUUUCCUGGAGAGAGAACGUUUGUGAUUAUGCAUGCGAUGAAAGCAGUUGUUUAAAAGCAUAUGGUAAUGCAUACUGCAGAGAAUCCCUUUAGAUGCAAUGUUUGUAUUCAUGUAAGAAAAGAAGCCUUCUGAAGACAUUUUUGAAUCAACAUUCAAAAAUAAACUCUUAAAAUGUAAUGGUUGUUACUAUGCUUGCUAUAAAAGCAGUAAUCUGAGGACAUCAUAAUUCUUGCAGGAAAUAAAUGUGUUAAAUGUUAUGUUAGUGAUUAUGCUGGUAAUACCAGCAGUAAUUUGAAAAUACAUGAUAAUUCAUGCAGGAAAUAAAUGUGUUAAUGUGA